AUGGCGGAGUUUCGCCCUGUUGGUGGCGCUGGCCCUGCCACAGGCCAUGCUGCGUGGUGCCUAGCUGCAUCGCACAUGCGUGCACUUACUCAUGACUCCGCCGAUCCCAAUCCUGAACCCCCCACAGCCCGCACAUACCAACCCGCAAGUAGCCAUUUUAAUUCCACCUGCCUCCCCAAGGCCAACUCGUGCACCUACCACGAAUUCGUCCCCAAUCAUGCUUCCACCAUCGCCGAUUUCACCUGCGCCCCGUGUCCGUCCGGCUCCUUCAUGAAUUUGGCCGCACACUUGCAAACACAAUGUAUUGCAAAGACUAAUACCUGUGGGAUUGGAGAAUAUGUUUCCAAUCCCGAUAGCAAUACGGCCGACUACACGUGUGCCCUUUGCCCGUCUGGCACGUUCAUGGGCGCCUCAGGCCACCUGAACCACGCCUGUACGAACAAGACGGCGAUGUGCUCGCCCGGCACCUACGUCAGCAAUGCAGCAAGCCGAAGUGCAGACUACAUCUGCUUGCCUUGCGUUGGGGAGUCUUUCCAGCCGAGCUUUACACAAACUGCCACUGCAUGCACGCCUCGCGCCACUUGCUCGUAUGGCCGUUACGUCGUCAACCCCUCCAGUAAAACAACCAAUACCAUCUGCGACAUCUGUCCGACCGGCACAUAUAUUGACGUGAACGACCAUCGCCUCAGUGCUUGCACUACCAAAAGCAGCCUGUGCGGUCCAGGCCAAUUCUGCUCCAACCUGGGCGACCCAACCACAGAUACUACCUGUUCGGCUUGCCCGCCCGGGACUUUUCGAGGGGAUGCAGCUCACAAACACACAGCAUGUACUUUGAAAUCUGGUUAUUGCAUGGCCGGACAGCGCGUGUCCAAUUUCGACAGCACGACACAAAAUUAUCAGUGCGAAGCCUGUGACACGGACGAAUUCAAUGCGUUCAAUUUCCACCGCAACGCCUCGUGCUUUACACGCACCCCCAACUGUGGUCCCGGCUUUCGCAUGGAAGUCGCCGCCUCGGCGGCAGAAGAUAAUACCUGCGUCGAGUGUCCUACCACUUGCUGGGAACGGGAGUCUUGCCUGGCCGGGCAGGAGGAUGUUUUCAUCGGCGAUGUCACAAAGGCACCACUAUGCGAGAAUUGCAGCGCUGGGAGCUACUCCAUCGAGGCCUUGGAAUCGUGCAAUGCAUGCCCCGCUGGCACCUAUCAAACCUUGCCCGGACAAUCCGAGUGUGUUGCCUGCACUGGCGCUGGCUUCUCGCCUGCUGGUGCCACCACCUGCUACCCUAUUCAACUGCUGGUCGACGGUUCGCCCGUGCUCACGCGCGUUGAGGUUCAAUCAUUGGCGGCCAUCGAACUGGUACCCAAGGGCGUACGCUUUCAAACAUUGUCCGACUCGGUCACGGGCGUUGAGGUGGUGACAACUACGACAAUGACCCAGGCGUUUUCUCAAACAUUGCUUGUCGAAGCCGUGGUCAUUGCCACCGAGACUGUGUUGCUCAGUCGCACAGUGACCUUUGUGGUACCAGAUACCACUCCACCCGAGUUGACGGGUGCAACGAGCGUCACGCUGAUAUCAGGCCAGCAGUGGACACCCUCGUACACGGCCUGGGACGCUCGGGAUGGAAACGUGUCGGCCUCUGUGACCGUGCAAAUCGUCUCCUCGCCGCCCGAAACCACCACGGGUAGCUGCACCGGGUCUUGGCUCAACACCAGCUGGUCGUCAUACAAUAUUAGUGCAACUGAUUCACUGGUCGCGGACGCCUUAUUCGGACCUGAUGGCAGCACAUAUGUGGCUCUAGUAUCGGCACGAGACAGUGCUGACAACGUGGCCACUCUCAACGUCACCAUCACCAUGGCUGAAAAUGAGGCGCCCCUCGUGCAGAUGGCCUUGACGGAGCGUACAAUUGAGUGGGGUGACGCCGUUCAGCUGCCCGAGAUUCAGGUGCAGCUCAACACUGCGCCCAUGCGCCUGCUUACCUCGUGCCUGGUCGUCGAGCGGUGGAAGCUUGCCGUACCUUCAAAUGCGACCACAGGCAUCUUGGACGUGGAUUGGAAUGCGUCAAGCCUGUGGGAUCCUACGAGUCCGCAACGGGCGGCGCUGGUCUCGGGUGGACUCGCCAUGCUGAGUACAAGUCAAACGGCACCUGGCAUGUUGAUUCGCCUGCGUUACCAAUUUAGCGCGUUGGGCCGGCAGACUCUGCAAGACGUGUUGCUGCUAGUGCGUGACUCAAAGGUACCGCAGCUCAACGUAGUCUGGCCCAACGGCAACCAGAACAAUGUCGUGUUGCCCUUUGGAAUCAUUCCCACGCCUCCUCAGUAUGAUUGCACAGACGACCCCGCUGGGUCACCCACGGUUGUGACUUGGAAGGCACCCCCAUAUCAGCGCUAUAUGCCUGGGGCGUAUACUGUGACCGUAGCUUGUUAUGACUCGAGCGGCCACGCGGUGCAAGACUCUCGUACCUGGAUUGUGGCACAACCGGAGCCACCAGUUAGUGCCCUCGAAAUUUUAGCUCAAGCAGAGGAGUCUGCAGAUGGCAUCUCUGUCAAUGUUAUUUUGGAGACUCUCAAGCGCAAGCUGCAAACGCCAUGGGUGUUUGUCAUUGAUAUUGUAAACGGCGCAGAUUUUGCCUUCAAUCUAUGGCCUCCAGCUGCCAACAGGACCGAUUCGUUGGUUGGCCUACCUAGUGUGGCACUGCAUGUGGCCGUCCGCGCCCCAGUCACAUAUGAGUGGCAAUCCCCAAGCAGUCUGGUUGAAGUUUGUGAGCAGACGGAUUGCAUCGGGCAAUCCGUUGCUCUUUCUGAGUUGGGAGUCUAUAACUACACGGCAGAAGAGCUCGCAUCGGCAACCCGGUGGAUUGGUUCCACCGCCACAAGUUCAACGACCCUACAACCAACGACAACGACAACCACGACAACGACAACGACCACAACCACAACCACAACUGCAGCUAGCACGACACAACCCACGUCAGCUGGGCGGGUGGAUGAUACCACUCACCCAGGGGAAGGAGAGACAACAAUAAGAUUGGCCAGCACGAGCCGAACCAGUGAAUGCUCGGGCUACGGCACGUUUGACGAUGACACGGGGGAGUGCGUUUGCGACUUUUAUUCGGGUCGUCAGGGCACCUUCUGCGAGAUUCCUGGUUGCCCGACUAUUACCGAUGAAGACUGCUCCGGCCAUGGUGAGUGCAACUCGGAGAAUGCCGAGUGCACCUGUGACUCCGGCUGGGUUGGUGUGGCCUGCAGCGUUCCCGAUUGUCUCAACAACUGCCACUUCCGUGGCACCUGCGAUCCUGACACCUACGCACCUCUUGUCCGUUGCGUUAACUGCGAUGAGGGCUGGAUGGGUUUGGAUUGCGGCACGCCCUGCACUCAUGGUACCGAAACGCCCAAGGACUCUAUCAACUGCGUUUGUGAGCUUGGAUGGACCUCGGAGAGUUGCAAUGUCCAAUGCAGUGGCGCUGGCAUCAUCGAGGACGACCAGUGCAUCUGCAACUACCUUCAAGGCUUCUGGGGUGAUUUGUGCGACGAGCCUGGCUGCCCUGGCAACGGCGCGUGCCUUUUUAAUACCAGUGCGCCGGGCAUUUGUGAUCUCUCUGGCGCCGAACGCAUGGCUCACGGUGAGUCUUGCUCUGGCCGUGGUAUUUGCAACUCGGAGCUGGCUGUCUGUGACUGCAACCCCGGGUGGCGUGGUCCUGGCUGUGAGAGUCCGGACUGCCCCGGCGAGCCUGACUGCUAUGGCCGUGGCUUCUGUAACCACACGCUCGAGGAACCCAUUUGUCAAAACUGCGAUGCAGGUUGGAUGGGACGUGACUGCAACACACCCUGUGUUCACGGCGUGGAAACACCCGUCAACUCAGGUUUCUGCUUGUGCGAAACGGGUUGGAGUGGCGAGAGCUGUGAUGCUGAAUGCUCGGGCAACGGUAAAAUCCGCACGUCCGAUCAGGGCGUCGUGUUUUGUGCCUGCGAUUACGAGAAGGGAUUCUGGGGCGAGCUGUGCGACGUGCCUGGUUGCCCUGGUAACGGCCCUUGCGCCGAGGGUGCAUACGAUGGCGUCUGUGGCUUCACCGAUUACAGGCGCAUGCAAGAGGGUCAGUCAUGCAGUGGCAACGGCGAGUGCUCGGGCGGGGUUUGUGAGUGUUUCAGCGGCUGGCAGGGUGUCGGCUGUGAAACCCCCGACUGUCCUGGCGUACCCAACUGCAACAACCAGGGCACGUGCAAGUGGGAGAACGAAACGGACCCCACCUGCGUUGACUGCAUCGGUGUUUUCAUGGGAGCUGCCUGCUCGGAACGAUGCGUGCAUGGAACGCAAUCUCCGCCCAACUCGGGCAUCUGCAUCUGUGAUCCGGGCUGGACCUCAGCCUCGUGCGACAUCGAGUGCUCCGGCUUUGGAAGCAUUGUCGAUGGAGUUUGCGAGUGCACUUUUGAGAGUGGGCGCUCAGGCGCGAGCUGCGAGAUUGAGGGCUGCCCGACCAAGGUCGCGGGUGCAGAGUGCUCGGGUCACGGUGACUGCAAUGCCUUGGGUGAAUGUGAUUGCCUUCCCUCCUGGGUAGGCAUUGGGUGCCACAUUCCUGAUUGCCCCGAAAACUGCUCGGGCAAUGGCGUGUGCUACGGUGACUGGGAGGACGGUCAAGCCUAUUGCGUUUGUGAUGCCGGCUACUUGUACCCCUCUUGCUCGGUGCCUUGCGUGCACGGGGUUGAGACGCCCCUGCGAUCAGGUCUGUGUGUCUGCGAGCCUCAAUACACGGGCGUGUCGUGUGACGUUGAGUGCAAUGACCAUGGUGUCAUCGUCAAUAGCGAGUGCGUCUGUCGCACCGCUGUUCCCGGUGACUCGUGGUCUGGUUCGGCCUGCAAUGUCGCCUCCUGUCCUGGCUUCCCAACAUGCAGUGACAACGGCGUGUGCAACAGCGCGACUGGCGCGUGCACAUGUGAUAACGGCUUUGCCGGAGCCAAUUGCUCUGAGCCCGUGUUUCCGGACGAUCCGCCAGGCAAUAAGGAAAGUGAAUCAAGCACACAACGCUCUGGCGUCAACCCAGCCCUGGUGGGUGGGGCAGCGGCUGGUCUCAUCUUGCUCCUGAUGGUCGUGGUCUUUGCUGUGCGCCGCUCUCGACGCAACCACCGCCCGCGACCGCAUCUUGGCAGUGACCCCAAGGUCUUGAAUAGUCCCCAUGAGCCGUUCAUGUUUGCCAAUCCGACUUAUCAUCCACCCGAGGGUGGCUUCCCGACCCCGGCGCAACUGAACAGCCACGUCCAAAACGGCUGGGACAUGGCCACGUACGACCAUGGUCGCCCUGCUGAUAGCUCGCCAUCUUUGACGACAGGCGAAUAUGCUGCUGUUCCAGUCACUUCAUCACAGGAAACCGACUGGGUCAAUUAUGACACUGGAACGCCGCGCGCACAGGCCAGCACGUAUUACUCAGCCCCCAUUAACCACAACUACUACUCGGCCGUGGGUCAAGCGCAAGAAACCACAGACAUUUACGGCAUGGCAAACUACGCCGAACCCGCCGCUCUCCCACCUCGCCCUCGUGCGCUCACUCUCUCCGGUUCCCAUCCACCAGGCUCACAUGCCGUUGAUACUUCCGACACCUGA